UAAAUUAACAGAUGCUUUUAGCUUUUAUACUAUAACAAAUAUAUUUGCUGCUAUUCAUCUAGCGUAUAAAUUGCUUCUGUUUCGCGUCCUAAAUUUGGCUGGAAACACAUUUCCUCUGUUUCUUUUCCAAUUGCGAUGAGAUUUCCUCCAAACAUGCUAACUAAAGUUGAAAAUUCCAUAAAAUUCUCUUAAGCACCAAAAUAUUUUGUGCAGAAUAAUCAUGAAAGGGCUUUCAGAAAAUCAUCUGGUAGAAGACGGACUUGAAAAUUUGGUGGCAGACGGUCCUCCUCCUCAGUCGAGCUUGCGCUCACGCUUCAUAUUGGAGGGCGAAGGCGAAGUCGAAGCGCUUCUUACCGACAGAUGUUUGUCAUGUCAUCAUUGCGCCGAAGACACGGAGAGAAGUAGCACAACUUGCUGGGGGUUAACUACUGUUUCUGAAAUGCCAACUGAGCUGUUACUAUCCAAUAUUUAUGCUGUGGAGCUUGCUGGUAGGGGCUCAGUUCAUGAAACAAAAGCUGCAGCAGCAACAUACUGUUUAUUGGGUAUCGAUUCAAAGGUUUUGGAAUAUUUUUAUCGAUUUGUUGUCCACUUUGUUCAAAAGUCAAGUAAACAACAUUCUGUUUGGAUACCAAAGACACUUGUCUUUGGCCAUCCAGAUCCAGAGACGUGUACACUAUGGUUUGAGCGAAUCCAUAACAUCAUAACAUCGGAUGUCAAGAGGCCAAAAAAUCUUUUGAUAUUUGUAAAUCCCCUUAGUGGAAAGAGGCAUGCUUCCAAAACAUGGGAAGGAGUUCAAUCUUUUUUUGAUCGUGCAAAAAUAAUUACCAAGGUGGUGACAACACAAAGGUCUGGACAUGCAUUUGAUAUUAUGAAGGAGAUUACAAAUGACGAGCUUAACUCUUAUGAUGGAGUUGUUACUGUGGGUGGGGAUGGUUUCUUUAAUGAAGUUUUGAAUGGUCUUCUUAUGGGGAGACAUAAAGCUCCUUAUCCACCAACUCCCUCUGAAGUUCAAUAUUACAUUCAAGAAGAUGCCAGCACUAUACAUGGACACUCUAAAGAUCUCAAACUUAAAGAACAUGCGGUUCAACCAGUUCAAUCAGUAGAAGAGCAGAGUGAACUUGAUUCUCUUCCACCCUCACAUCCUCUUCUUCAGGAAUCUGUUGCCUCUAGAAUGGAAACUUCUCAUUCCAGCUGUAGCUUAGCAUCUGAGUACAAUGCCUUUCCUGAUACAAUUGCUGAGGGUGAGGACUUUGUAGAUCAGGCUUCUGAAAGUUCUGCUACAAAUCUCAGAACACAAUAUAGAAUGAUCCGUCUGGGCGCAGCACAGGAUAGAGUGCAAGGGUCUUGUGUAAAAGAAGAGGCAACUACUUUGUUUCCUCUCCCAAAUCCAUCAUUCAGAAUUGGAAUUAUACCUGCAGGCUCAACUGAUGCCAUAGUGAUUAGCACUACUGGUGCUCGGGAUCCUGUUACUUCUGCAAUGCAGAUAAUUCUUGGUAAAAGAAUAGCACUUGAUAUUACUCAAGUAGUAAGCUGGAAAAGCAAUUCCAAGUCACCUGAGGAGGCACCCCGUGUUCGCUAUGUAGCCUCUUUCGCAGGGUAUGGGUUUUAUGGCGAUGUCAUCAAGGAGAGUGAGUCAUAUAGGUGGAUGGGACCUGCUCGAUAUGAUUAUUCUGGAACCAGUGUGUUUAUGAGACAUAGAUCAUAUGAAGCUGAAGUAGCUUUUGUUAAAGUACCAGACCAUACUGCUCCUUAUGCAACCAAAAGUGGGCUAUCUGGUGGCCAAACAAAUGUAGGUGGAAAGCGAAAAGAAGAGAUAUGUCGUGUAAACUGUACUGUUUGUGCUGAUGGGAUAAAUUCUGAACCUUCAGUGUCUACUGGUGGGCUAGAAAUGUUAUCUCACACUAGAUCGCAGAUUCCAAGGUGGUUGAAAGCAAAAGGACUCUUUCUUAGUGUGGGUGCUGCUGUGAUGUCUUGUCGGAAUGAGAAAGCACCAGACGGGGUUGUGGCUAAUGCUCAUCUGGCUGAUGGAUUUUUGCACCUUGUACUUAUAAGAGAAUGCUCACGUGCUUCAUAUCUUUGGCAUCUCUUGAAACUUACCAGAAAGGGUGCAAAUCCUCUAGACUUCAAAUUUGUUGAGCACUAUAAGACAUCAGCAUUCACCUUUGUAUCUCAUGGUCAAGAAAGUAUAUGGAAUGUGGAUGGAGAGCUCUUUCCUGCACACCAGCUUUCUGCACAAGUAUUUCGAGGGCUGAUUACCUUAUUUGCUUCUGGUCCUGAAGUUUAAUUUGCAUUCACCAAAUGAAUAUAAGUCUUGUUUAUUUAUGGUUUCACCUGCUGCUAGAAUUUGAACCAUAUGCAGUCAUUCUUUCAACUAUACAAUAAAAUAUCUAUUGCAGAAGCAAUACAUAAUCAGGAAUAUAUUUUAAAUGUGUAAUUAUAGUGAUUAGUUUUUGCAGAAGCAUCGGAAGUUUAUGAAGAAAAUUAUUCUGACCCCAAUUACUAGUCCCCACAUUAAUACUUCGUCAUUUACUUUAUCUGAAAUAAAAGAAGCACACAAGAAUCUGUGGUUCUUUUUGA